AUGCUCAUUCCACGAUGGAAGUACAUCGGUGCUGCAGUCGGCUCUUUGUUCACAAUACAUCUCCUUCUUUCCAUACAUCCCACAUACCGAGAACACACUUUGCCCACUACCGUCUUGCCAGCGUCAUGGAAGGGUAGUGUGGCAGGAGGUUGGAUACCGGGCAGAUUACCUCCAGAGUCGACAGUCCCCCCAGUGGCAGGGUACGAAGGUGAAGAAUUGCCUACUAUGGAAGACCUACGAGUGACCGAUACGGAAGGUAGAAGGAAGGCCAAUGCGGUCUUUGUCGUACUGGCUAGAAAUUCUGAUUUAUGGCCAUUUCUUGAAUCGAUGAAGCAAAUGGAGGAUCGUUUCAACCAUUGGGCAAAAUAUGAUUAUGUUUUUCUGAAUGAAGAGGACUUUACGGACGAAUUCAAAAGCAGAUACACCCAGGCAUUAACAUCCUCGAAUUGCUUUUACGGUAAGAUUGAUCCAUCACAUUGGUUCCAGCCAGACUGGAUUGACGAGGACAAAGCUCGGAAAGCCAGAGCGGAGAUGGUCCGGAAGAAGGUCAUAUACGGACAUUCAGUGCCAUAUCGGAAUAUGUGUCGGUUCAACUCUGGAUUCUUCUUCCGACAUCCGCUGUUGGAGAAAUAUGACUAUUACUGGCGUAUAGAGCCAUCAGUCAAGUUCUUCUGUGACAUUACUUAUGAUCCAUUCUUGGUCAUGCAAGAUGGUGACAAAGUGUAUGGCUUCACCCUUUCCCUUUUCGAAUACGUCGAGACAAUACCGACAUUGUGGGACACUGUGAAAGAAUUCAUCAAGGAAAACCCAGAUUUGGUCUCGGAAGACAACGCGAUGGACUUCUUGUCAGACGACGGAGGAGAUACGUAUAACAGGUGUCAUUUCUGGUCAAAUUUCGAAAUCGGCUCCCUCAAAUUUUGGCGUUCAGAACCAUAUAUGAAAUUCUUCGAUCAUCUCGAACGCGCCGGUGGGUUUUACUACGAACGAUGGGGAGAUGCGCCGGUACAUUCCAUCGGCGCUGCGUUGUUUGCGAAAAAGGAACAAAUACAUUUCUUUGAUGAUAUUGGGUAUAGACAUGAGCCCUUCCAGCAUUGCCCUCAGGGAGAAGCACAUACACGAGGGAGAUGUUGGUGCGACAUCAACAAUAAUUUCGAUUGGGAAUGGUACUCGUGUACCAAGAAAUUCACUGAUCUUUUCUGA